AAACCGGUCCCAUCGACCGAACACAUGGCUGACGAAAACGAUACCGGAAUACCGGUUGCCCGCUCUAAAUCAUCCCAACCCUCUUCUAAUGAAACGGAAACAAUAGGGGCUACCGAAGCAACUUUAAGUAUGGCCGUGAACGGAAACGCGCCAGACGGGGAAGACGGAGCUUCGGGGUUCGAGGACAAAACCGCUGGACGGCCUUCUCAGAUCUCCCUAACCACUGUAGAGCUACGGGAUAGGGAACUCCCCCCUCUACCGGAUCCUCUCCCAGACCCAACGCCCGUGACCCCUAAAGCAGGUAUUCCCAUACCUAUAUCGGCAGACCGCCCACCUCCCCCCCAUCAGGAAACAGUCGGCCGACCGCAAACCCCUAUCACCCUAAUGCGCAAGUCUUCUCGGAACGCCCCCAUGACGGCCAGUGCGGGAGGGCGGGUUACAGGCUCAUCGGCGUCGAGCAGCGGCAGCGCGCGACCGACCCUAUCGUCGAUGGUUUUUGUAGCGCAAGCUUUGGAGUCAAUUCUUGCCUCAAAAGAAACGAAGCGACGGAAACCGCUUGCAGGCUCUGUUCACAGGGCCUUAGAUUCUAUAAAGCUAGCAGCUCCAGAGUUACCACCGGACCCUGCCGUAGUAUUUGAACCCUUGCAAAUUGCAUGCUCCAUCCAGAAUACACAGAUUACGGUUACUGCCCUUGAUUGUAUUGGGAAGUUGAUAAGCUACUCAUAUUUCUCCCCCCCACCACCUACAGCACCGAUACCUCUCAUCGAAAGGGCAAUUGAAACUAUUUGCGAUUGCUUCCAGGGAGAUACGACACCAGACCAAGUCCAGCUUCAGAUCAUCAAGGCUUUGUUGGCAGCUGUGCUAAAUGAUAAGGCCGUUGUACAUGGCGCAGGGCUUUUGAAAGCUAUCAGACAAACCUACAAUAUAUUUUUGCUUUCCCGGAGUAGUCCCAAUCAAAUGACCGCGCAAGGUACAUUAACACAAAUGGUACAUACCGUUUUUGAGAGGAAAAUAACAUUGCAGAGUUUCGAAAACAGAAAGAAUGCUUUCUUGGUGUUCAGGGCGAUGUGCAAACUGUCUAUCAAAACAUUGCCUGCGGAACAAAUUGCGGAUCUCAAGUCACAGCCAAUGAGAAGUAAACUACUGAGUUUACACCUAAUCCACACAAUCUUAAAGAGCCAUACGGUAGUUUUUGUUUCUCCCUUGAGCACCAUCCGGAGCUCAAGCAGCGCAGAGGCUACCAGUUUUAUGCAUGCCAUGAAACAAUAUCUCUGCUUGAGUCUUAGCCGUAAUGCAGCCAGCGCUGUAGGGCUGGUAUUUGAAGUUUGUUGUGAGAUAUUCUGGCUAAUGAUAAGCCAUAUGAGGGUCAUGCUUAAGAAAGAGAUUGAGGUUUUCUUGAAAGAGAUUUAUCUUAACAUCUUGGAUAACAGGCAUUCAAGUGGGCAGCAAAAGCAAUAUCUCCUUGGUAUCUUACAUCGCAUUUGUGCGGACCCCAGAGCUCUUGUCGAGAUUUACUUGAACUACGAUUGCGACAGAUCUGCCUUGGAUAACAUGUUUCAGAGAAUCAUCGAGCAUCUUUCGUGGAUAUCAGCAACUCAAGUUACCAUUAAUGAACAGCAACAACAAAGCUUUAGAGAGCAGUAUAAGAGUGCUGCUGCAGCUUCUACCCAAGGGUUCUCCCUACCACCCUCGCUUUCCACCGCGAGCAUAGCUGCGGCACCCAGUUCUGCAGGAGACCCACCAUUUCCCCUAGAGUAUGCCCUCAAGCGGCAAUCUUUAGAAUGUCUCAUCGAGGUCCUACAGUCGCUUGUCUCCUGGUCUCAAAAGGGGCUUGUCGACGCACUCCAGGAGUCAGCUAAUAGAGAGUUGGACGAAGGAAGGGAUUCAUUGGAUAAUUCCCAUUCGUCACCCCGACUAUCUGCCGUCACAACGCCAAUUCUAGCAACCCCCCAGCCAGAGCUGGAGAGAAGGACAUCUUCGGUUGAUAUAAGCGGGAUGGUAGAUGACCCUAGCCAGAUAGAAAAAGCGAAGCAAAGGAAAACCGCCCUAGUGGAGGCCAUUAGAAAAUUCAACUUUAAGCCAAAGAGAGGAAUCAAGGAGCUGAUAGAGAAGGGUUUCAUUAAAAGCUCCUCUCCCCAACAUAUAGCGGAUUUCAUCCUCGUCAAUACCAACUCGCUUGACAAGAGGACCGUUGGGGAAUAUCUUGGUGAGGGGGACGCGGAGAAUAUCGCUACUAUGCACGCAUUCGUAGAUGCGAUGGACUUCUCAAGAAUGCGAUUCGUAGAUGCUUUGCGGAAAUAUCUGCAGGCUUUCAGAUUACCGGGGGAGGCCCAGAAAAUCGAUCGCUUCAUGUUGAAAUUCGCGGAGCGAUACAUAUCUGGGAAUCCAAAUGCUUUCGCGAACGCUGACACAGCAUAUGUCCUAGCGUAUUCCGUCAUUAUGUUGAACACUGACCAGCACAGUUCAAAAUUGAAGGGAAAGACACGGAUGACUCCCGAUGACUUUGUCAAGAACAAUCGCGGUAUCAACGAUAACGCAGAUUUGCCGGAAGAAUACCUGCUUGCUAUCUACGAGGAAAUCCGAACAAAUGAAAUUGUUCUUGAGGGGGAAAGGGAUCCAUCAAAGAUGGAUUUAACGGUACAAUCGGCGGGUGGAAUUGUUGAAGGAAUUGGAAGAGUGCUCGCAAAUGCCGGGAGGGAUCUCGAGAGAGAAGCAUAUGUACAGGCAAGUGAGGAGAUGGCAAAUAAAACCGAACAAUUAUUCAAGACCUUACUUCGCGCUCAACGGCGAGGAGGCGCAAGGCCUGGGUUGUCAAAAUUUAUUGCUGCUUCUUCAUCAAAGCAUGUAGGACCUAUGUUUGAAGUAACCUGGAUGUCAGUACUCUCUGGGCUUUCUGGAGCUGCUCAAGAUUCAAAUGAAACCGAGACGAUCCGGUUAUGUAUGGAAGGCUUCAAACUUGCCAUUCGAGUAGCAUGUUUCUUCGACCUCGAAACUGCAAGAAUCGCAUUUGUUUCUGCACUCGCCAAGUUCACUCACCUUAGCAACUUAGGUGAGAUGAAGUCGAAGAAUGUGGAAGCUCUCAAGGUUCUCUUGGAAGUUGCCCAGAGUGAGGGAAAUCUUCUCAAGAGCUCAUGGAGGGACGUCCUGACCUGUAUCAGUCAGCUUGAGCGUUUCCAGCUUAUCAGCUCUGGCGUGGACGAGGGGUCUGCUGAGGUUGCGGAGGAGAGCCGGUCGAGAGAGGUCGUCGUUGCCGUGGACAAGAUUUUUGCCAACACAAGCAAGCUAGGCGGAGAAGGAAUUGUACACUUUGUGCGGGCUCUGAGUGAGGUUUCAUGGCAGGAGAUCCAAUCUUCAGGACAGAGCGAGCAUCCCCGAAUGUUCAGCCUACAAAAGCUCGUUGAGAUAAGUUACUACAACAUGGGAAGAAUCAGGGUGGAGUGGAGUAAUCUUUGGAAUAUCCUCGGGGAACACUUUAAUCAGGUUGGUUGUCACUCGAAUACCAGCGUAGUGUUCUUUGCCUUGGACUCGUUGAGACAACUGUCGAUGCGAUUUCUAGAGAUUGAAGAACUCCCCCAUUUCAAAUUCCAAAAGGAUUUUCUGAAGCCCUUCGAACAUGUCAUGGCGAAUAACCAGGUGGUGCCUGUUAAAGAUAUGGUCUUAAGAUGUUUGAACCAAAUGUUACAAGCCAGGGGCAAUAACAUCAGGUCCGGUUGGCGAACAAUGUUCGGCACAUUUACCUUUGCAGCAAAAGAGAAUUAUGACCAAAUCGUGAAUCUAGCUUUCGAAAACGUCCGUAAAAUCUACAGCAGCCGUUUCGGUGUUAUCGUUGGGCAGGGAGCCUUCGCGGAUAUGAUCAUUUGCCUGACCGAGUUUGCCAAGAAUACCCGAUUCCAAAAGGUGUCCCUGCAAGCCAUCGAGACUCUGAAGGGGACAGUGCCACGCAUGCUCUCUUGCCCGGAAUGCCCUCUAUCAGAGAAGGUCAAUGGGACUAGCGAAAUCGAGGCCACCAAUGGACAGCCAAAGAAAGUUAUCCGGAACGUUAAAGAUGAUCCAAUGAUCAAGUUUUGGUUUCCGGUACUUUUUGCCUUCCAUGACAUCUUGAUGACUGGGGAAGAUCUUGAGGCUCGAACACGGGCGCUCGGUUACCUCUUUGAUACGCUGGUCAAAUAUGGCGGCGACUUCCCACCAGACUUCUGGGACACUAUUUGCCAUGAAUUGCUCUUCCCCAUAUUCAUGGUGCUCAAAUCUCGGUCUGAGAUGAUACAGAUGAGCAACCAAGAAUCUGUUGGCAUGUGGCUCUCAACAACCAUGAUCCAGGCCCUGAGAAACCUAAUAGCUUUGUUUACACACUACUUCGAGCUACUUGAGCGGAUGCUUGACGGCUUCCUUGACUUACUAGUUACGUGUAUCUGCCAGGAGAACGACACAAUCGCCCGAAUUGGGUCUUCUUGCUUACAACAGCUUAUUUUGCAGAGUGUCAAAAAACUCAGGCCUGGACACUGGACGAAGAUAGUCAAUUCCUUUGUUCAGCUAUUCGAGACUACAACAGCGGAUCAGUUAUUCUCGGCAGCCAGUCAAUCUUCUGGGAGAACAGUUAGCGGGUCAAGUAUACAGACUGUGACAACCAUCCCGGUUAAUGACAUCAAGGGGCCUACCAACGAGGUUGUAAGCGAUGAGGAGACUGAUCGAGAGAAUUCCUUGAAGAUCAAUGGCCUUUCGGAGCCUGCCCUGGACGAGGGGGACGAAGAAUCUGGCGAUAGAGACGCCUCUCCGGAAAAUGCAAGAGUUACAUUGGGACCACAAGGCUCUGCUCCUAAUGUUGAUCUAGAAGACUACCGACCGCAACAGCACACCCAACAGCCAGUUGUAACUGCCGCCAGGAGGCGUUUCUUUAACAAGAUCAUCACCAAAUGUGUUCUUCAACUUCUUAUGAUCGAGACCGUAUCAGAGCUUUUCUCCAAUGAUGCAGUAUACUCAGAAAUUCCAUCAACCGAGCUCCUAAGACUAAUGAGUCUGUUGAAAAAGAGCUUCACUUUUGCAAGAAGGUUCAACGGCGAUAAAGAGCUUCGAAUGAGGCUAUGGCGCGAAGGCUUUAUGAAACAGCCUCCAAAUUUACUAAAACAGGAGAGCGGUAGUGCCGCAACCUACGUUAGUAUCCUGUUAAGGAUGUACCAGGACGACCAAGUCGAGAGGAGGGAGAGCAGAGGCGCCAUCGAGUCUGCCCUGAUCCCACUAUGCGUGGAUAUCAUCCGCGGCUACACCAUUCUUGAUGAAGAAACUCAACAGCGUAACAUUGUCGCCUGGAGACCGGUCGUUGUAGACGUUAUGGAUGGAUACACCAAUUUCCCUGAAAAGGACUUUGACCGCUAUAUUGACACAUUCUUCCCGCUAGCUGUGGAACUCCUGGGUAGAGAGCCAGGUCCCGAAGUCCGAAUAGCACUUCAGAACGUCCUCCGGAGAGUAGGGGAGGUCCGGAAGAUGGGUGUGAUGGGGAGGGUGAGAGCUAGGGAUAGGAGGACCAGUGAGGUUAGUGGAAGGAAGUUGACGUAG